AUGUGGGCGACACUAGAUUCAGGGAUUGAAUUUCUAAUCAACUUUGCCUUUGUAUUCUCUGAAAAUAUCGUCCCUCUCGUAGAAAAUCUGACAGGCCCCUCUGUAAAUAAAUCACGAGGGUUUUAUCUUGAUUGCUUUGGAGCAGAUGGUUUCAUUCUGGGCCAUAACUUGUACAGUCGAGACGAGGUUGAAGCAAGUAUGCUAAGGGAUUUUAUUCUAAACAACGUAACUGUUGAUAUAGACGCAAACACAACAGUUACGCUAAUGCCCACCUUAUAUCCUCAUAGGAAACAAAAACUGAUAAACUGCAGUACAUUUGACUCAGAAAAAUCUUCCUGCAUUUCUCGUACCUUCAAGAGUGAUUAUUUUCAUCAGGUGUCAGAAAAAGAUAAACAAGGUUCUUUAAUAAUGGAACCUAAUCUGAACUGUGCCUUUGUCCAGUUUAAUACGACAGAGUACUUGUACAUAAAGAACAUCACUACUAAACAUGAGAGCUGUAGCAUUACUUUGAACUUUAAAAAUGCUAGAAUGACUCUUACAGACAGGGCGGAUCUGAACAUAGUGUCGAUAAAUGAUGAUGGGAAAAUGAGAAUCUGUCUUGAAUUGCUGAAUAAAAAAGAGUUAUUUAGGAGUGAGGUUAUUAGUAGUAGCUUUUUAAAAUUGACUCUUUAUGCAUUAACUCUCGUAUGUAUGAUUUCGUCAAUUAUAUGUCUGACUAUCUCAUUAAUGACGUAUUUCCUGUUCCCGGUGCUGCGCAGUGUCGCUGGAAGGAACAACAUGUUUUUGUGUGGAAGCCUUUUACUGGCCCAGAUUUCGUUGCUGUCAACUUCCCAUGUCCAAGAAGCUGGCCACCUCUGUACUAUUCUGGCCAUCUGUACUCACUUCUUGUGGCUGUCCAUGUUCUGUUGGUGCUUUACUUGUUGUUUCCACAUGUUCUGUGUCUUUUCUGCCAAAACCCGAAGCAUCCAAUCCACAGCAAAGUCAGAAAUGCUGUAUAUGAUCAAAAGAGUAGUUGCCUGUUUUGCAAUUCCUGGUCUCAUUGUUACUGGAGUUAUCGCCACAAACUUGAGCAUUUCUGGGGGAGAGUUCCUUGGAUACGGAAAAAGUGCUUGUUUUGUAGACUCUCAGAUCGUCCUCAUCAUUGCUCUGGUUGGCCCGCUGUGUUUGGUACUCUUAUUCAACUUUAUAUUUUUCUCAAUCACUGUUAUAAAAAUCCACAAAGUUCGUAAUCUGCAGAUUCGGGAAUUUAGGAAAGAUGACCACAAUAAUCUCUACAUUUACAUUAAACUGUCCUCCAUGACGGGCAUUUUCUGGGUCCUGUCUGUGAUUUCUGAAGCCACGGACAAUGAUCCUCUACGUUUUAUAUCUAUCGGGUUGAAUGGCUUACACGGUGUGUUCAUCUUCUUGUCCUUCAUCUGUAACAAGAGCGUGCUCAAGCUCUACCUGAAACUUCUUGGGCUAGAGACAUAG